CGCAGAGCUGGGAAAAGAGAGGCAGCGGGUACGGUGGUGGUGGCGGCAGAGCCAGAGCCGGAGCCGGAGCCGGGCGCCGAGACCGACCGACCAGCCGGCGGGUCUGGGCCACGUAGAACCGACACAGCGAGUCCUCCCACGACCCGAGCCAGGUCUCCGAGAGCCGUGCUCCGCAUUGGCCUGGGAGUCAGGGGCGCGAGAGCCGAUCCCAAGUCAGGAUUUCCUCAGCCUCCGACGGGGCCUGGCCUUUUGAAGGCGCUUCUUCAACAGCAGAACGAGGCAGGCCACCAUGACCGAGAACUCCACGUCCGCCCCUGCGGCCAAGCCCAAGCGGGCCAAGGCCUCCAAGAAGUCCACAGACCACCCCAAGUACUCAGACAUGAUCGUGGCUGCCAUCCAGGCGGAGAAGAACCGCGCCGGUUCCUCGCGCCAGUCCAUCCAGAAGUACAUCAAGAGCCACUACAAGGUGGGUGAGAAUGCCGACUCCCAGAUCAAGUUGUCCAUCAAGCGUCUGGUUACCACCGGGGUCCUCAAGCAGACCAAAGGAGUGGGUGCCUCGGGGUCCUUCCGGCUGGCCAAGGGCGACGAACCCAAGAGGUCAGUGGCCUUCAAGAAGACGAAGAAGGAAGUCAAGAAGGUGGCCACGCCAAAGAAGGCAGCCAAGCCCAAGAAGGCUGCCUCCAAAGCUCCUAGCAAAAAGCCCAAAGCCACCCCAGUCAAGAAGGCCAAGAAGAAGCCAGCUGCCACGCCCAAGAAAACCAAAAAACCCAAGACUGUCAAGGCCAAGCCAGUCAAGGCAUCCAAGCCUAAGAAGGCCAAACCAGUGAAGCCCAAAGCCAAGUCCAGUGCCAAGAGAGCCAGCAAGAAGAAGUGACCGUGAAGCCUUUCUUGUGGACACUCCUGUCUGUCUCCUAUUUUCUGUAAAUACUUUUUCCUUCUCUUACUCACCUGCAGCCCCAUGCCCCUUUCUAUUCUGACUUUGUAAGAGACAGAGUUUGGAUUCCUCAGAAAUUAGGGAAUAGUUCAUUUUUCCUUAACCAGUUGUGCAAGGACAGCAACAACAGUCUCAUCUCUGUAAUGAUGAGAAUGUACUUAUAUUUUGUUUCGUUAAUUUGUUAUUAAUCUACUUAAAGGUUUGGGGUGGGUUUGUGUUUUGUUGGGAGGUUUGUUCGCUAUGAAGAUAAAAGUGGAAAUCGGGAAGGCAGCCGCUUUUUCUGGCUAGAUGAGAGCGAGCCCAGGAAUUACAUGGUUUGUAGGAGUAUAUUUAAGACAAGCUGGUUUUAAGUUGAGCAGCCCUUGUGAGUUUCGGAGCCUUGGCCGGGAGAAGGGGUGGCAGCAGCUGGAUGCAAAGGAGUGAGGUGGAAACCCGUCCUGGCCUGACUUCCAUCUCCCACGUGAACAUUGGGGGUGGGGUGGGGAGGGGGUCCAAAUCCAGUUUGCUUCUCACUUCUGUUAGUCUGCCCUGUGGCCUCCCUAUUGUCCUAGGGAAGGGGUUGGGGUGGGGGGAUGUCGAAGUGACAGCUGGUCUGAGAAGCUGUGGCUUCUCUCAGCUGGAAACGAGCCAUGGGGGGUGGGGUGGGGUGUCUUUGUGGCUUCUGAAAGUCGGUUAAAUAGGAGUGGAAACUUUGGAGGAAGGGUGGGGAGUCAGUCAGCCAAGUGCCUCAGUGUGCCCUGUUGAAAUUUGGGUUUUUCCACACAAUUGGAUUGUAUUCUAGGAAGACUUUUUCUUUUCCCCCUGGUUUUUGGUUCCUCGUGUACAAGAGGUGGCUUUGCUUGGUGGUCUGGUGGGGCUCCAGCCCUGCCACCGCCACUUAAAAACCUCCCGACCUCUUUACUUCUGAGUCUUUUCUAAGUAGUGGUAGAUGGGGGAGGGGGAGUGGGCGGGGAGUGGACAGUAAGACAUACUGCAGUCGAUUUUGAAUUGCUAAGUAGUUUUACAGAGCUAGGUCUGUGUGCGUGUAAAUGUGUAUAUACCUAUCUAGAGCUAGCACUUCGUUUCACACCCGGGAGCUGGGAGAAAAAAAUCUGUACAGUCGUCUUUCUCAUAAAAUAGAAAAACGCGCGAUUGCGUGUUGUUUCCCUACCCCCCCCUUUUUUUUUAAACAAGUGUUAUUUGUGCCGGGAAGAAUUUGCUGUCUUUGUAAUUUCAAAACUUUAAAAUAAAAAUUGAAAAAGGACAAAA